UUCAGAAUGUAAUGUUGAAAGAAAUAUUCAGGAACUCACCAAUACUAUCAUUUGUGUUUAAUAAAGUUGAUUUAGCACAAAAUAACAAUAUUUCAAAGCUUAUCAAAGCAUUUGAUGAUGUUGAAAAAACUAAAACAAAUAGAAGGGAAACAGAUGAUCUAAAUUUAAAAGAUUUAAAUGAAAACAGUGUAACUAAUGAUGUUGAUAUCCAUAUAGAAACUCUACACAGCUUAAGUGAGAACAUUAAUAGCAGAAGAUAUGAUUUUGAUAUAGAGAAAGAGAUCUUGACAACGUUCAAAGACGAGUCUACAGAUAGGUACAGUCACACUUCACAGUUACCCUGGAAACUGAAUAACCUAAGAAUGAAGCAGACGGGAGUUGGCAAAGGCGAGAGGUCAUCAGCUUUGUGCUUUAUUUCUUGUCUAACAGGUGAAGGUUUGGACAACUUUUUAGACAUUCUCAAAGACAUGGUAGCUGAAAUGUGUGGAAAUCCUCUAAGCGAUCACCCAAGUUUAACACAGGCUCGUCACCGCUCGCACCUCACCAAUGACAUUAAAAGACAUAAUUCUGAAAAGCCUGGGACUACUAUAUUCUUGUUAUCAUCUGGACAUGGUAAAUGUGGACUGGCAAUAAUCAGGAUUUCAGGACCAAGUGCUUUACGGGCUUCCACAUUGAUUGGGCAAUUAAAGCAUGUUCAAGUACCAAGGGAAGCUACUCUGGGGAAACUGAUAGAUCCAGAAACUGGAGUUGUCAUGAUAAAGGGCCUCAUAGUUUUACUGGUGAAGAUUGUGUUGGAUUUCAAGUACAUGGAGGCCCUGUUGUGGUGUCAGCUGUACUUACAGCCUUGCAUAAAAUACCCGGCUGUCGGCAAGCAGAACCUGGUGAAUUCACCAGAAAACAUUUUUCACAGAGCUUUUAUGAAUGGAAAGGUGGACCUGACAGAGGUCGAGGGUUUAGGAGAUCUUAUACACUCUGAGGCUCAGCGUAGACAGGCACUCCGACCAGUGGAGGGGGACCUCAGUAAACUAUAUAGCAAAUGGCGGACAACAUUUAUAAAGUGUGCCGCAGACCUUGAAGCAUUUAUUGACUUCAGCGAGGACCAGAAUAUAGAAGACCAUGUUCUACAGCAAUUAAAAAACAGGAUACAUUUGCUACAAGAUGAAAGAGAGAAUCACCUCAAUGACAAGAGACAAGGUGAGAGGUUGAGACAGGGUGUUCAUGUUGUCAUUAUUGGAGAACCUAAUGUUGGCAAGAGCAGUUUACUCAAUGCUAUAUGUCAGAGACCUGCUGCCAUAGUAACUGAUGUGGUAGGUACCACUAGAGACGUGGUAGAAACUCAUGUAAAUAUUGGAGGUUAUCCUGUGUUACUGAGUGACACUGCAGGAGUGAGGGAAACACAAGAUGUUGUGGAGAAAGAGGGAGUAAACAGGGCUGUGAAAAGAGCCAGUGAAGCAGAUGUCAAAGUUGUUGUUGUAGAUGUUUCUAGCCAGGAUGUCAUGAAUUUUAUGAACAUAGAACAAUUUUUGUCACAUCAUUUAACUGAACUUGGACUAAAUAGAACUAAGAUAGGUUUUGAAAAUUCAGAUUGUAAUGUUGGAAGAAAUAUUCAGGAACUCGCCAAUACUAUCAUUUUGUUUAAUAAAGUUGAUUUAGCACAAAAUAACAAUAUUUCAAAGCUUCUCAAUGCAUUUAAUGAUGUUGAAAGAACUAAAACAAAUAGAAGGAAAACUGAUGAUCUAAAUUUAAAAGAUUUAAAUGAAAACUAUGUAAAUGAAGAUGUUGAAAUCCCUGUAGAAAAACUACGAAGGAUAAGUGAGAUAAGUGAUAAUGAUACUGACUGUAUUGAAAUCCAUGUAGAAAAUCUACACAAGAUGAGUGAAAACACUGAUGACAAAAGAUAUUAUUGUGAUAUAGAGAUAAAAACCACAACAUACAAAGAAGAUGGGCCAUACAGUGAAGUUCCAGCUUUGGUGGUGAAGGAAGACUCCCAGGUACCCCUCCAUACACCGUUUCGCCAUGGGCAGGCACCUGGUAUGAAGCAGAUGGGAGUUAGCAAAGGCGAGAGGUCAUCAGCUGUGUGUUUUAUUUCUUGUCUAACUGGUGAGGGUUUGGACAACUUUUUAGACAUUCUCAAAAACAUGGUAGCUGACAUGUGUGGAAAUCCUCUAAGCAGUCAUCCAAGUUUGACACAGGCUCGUCACCGCUCUCACCUCACCAAGUGCCUGGCUUACCUUGAGGAAUAUAACCUCAUGACGGAACAUGGGGACAUAGUGCUUGCUUCAGAGGCCUUGAGAUGUGCAUUGAAAGAAACUGGGAAAAUAACAGGGAGAAUUUCAUCAGAAGAAAUUCUUGAUGUUAUAUUCAGAGACUUCUGUCUUGGAAAAUAAAAAACAAUUAGGACAAAGUGCAUGGGAAGGUCACUUGAGUUAAUGAUAGUGACUAAAUCUGUGAAUUAUGUCAAAAAGUUCUCUACUGUGAUAAACAUGCAGUGAAAAAUUGGAUGCAAAGCGGGAGGAAUUUUGCUGUUUUAAUAUCAUUUCUAUAAGAUUUCAACUUCGAUAAUGUUGUUUCAUAGGCAUUUCUAUUAGCUAAGUAUAAAGAUAUUGUCCUGUACAUAAGCAGUUUUCUUAGGAGUAGUCUCUCCUUACAAUAAAGUAUAAUAUAAAAGA